UUAUAUUUUAUAGAGAUUUUGUACGAAUAGCCGUCGUUUUGGUUUCGGAUCCUAAAGUUGAGCUCGUGAAGCCUAGCUUUUGUUGCUAGGCUUCGCCUACUUAUGAUCUGACGGUUGUUUUCUCAUCUUCGUUUCUUUUCAAAUUUUUGAUGGAUGGGGAUGUGAUGUUCUCGUAGUAUUUAUAUAUAUAAACCUUCCUCUCCAUUGCUUUUUUAAUGCAGAUUUCCCAGUAAUCUGAAACGCUCUUCUCUGCUAGCCUUUUUUAAUGGCGUUUUAAGGGCUGACUCGCGGUAUCAAACUCAGCCGUUUAGAGUUCCACUACUCGUUUACCUUUCUGAGUUUGGGUUUCCGAGUGUUAGGUGUUGCUUUCAGCGAUGAAUGGGCGUUUCGUUUUGGUACUGUCCUCGGUUUCCAUCGGCGUAUUAUUCUUCUUCCUCGUCUUGCUUUUCCCAGAUCAGUGUGCUUCAUUCGGGUCGAAGCAGAUGGAGCUGAGGAUCAAGCAAGGAAACAACACACUUUCCACUCCAAACCGCAAGCUUCUUCAUGAUGUAGGAACAAUGGUGAAGGAACCAAAUCGAAUUCGAGGUGAGAAGUGUAGCAAGGCCGACAUAGUGGUCAACCAGGGAGCAACUUCGCCACUCCCCAGCGGCAUUCCGACGUACACCGUCGAGAUUGUGAACGUCUGUGUCACCGGCUGCGACAUCUCGGGAAUUCACUUGAACUGCGGCUGGUUCAGCUCUGCUCGGCUCAUCAAUCCCAAAACAUUCCGACGCCUUCACUACAACGACUGCCUCGUCAACGACGGCAAGGCAUUGAUCAAUGGCGGAACAAUCUCGUUUCAGUAUGCCAACACCUUCCUUUACCCGCUUUCGGUCUCUCGUGUCGUCUGUUCUUAAAGUUGUAAAAGAUGAAAGGGCAGGAGCUCAACCUGUACAUGACUUCAAAGCAAGAAUAGGUUAGUGAUAUAGAUUGGAACACUGGAUUUCAUACCAAAACUAUACCUAUAUACCCUUCUGUUCCCAUCCUUUUAGGUUCAUUUUGAGAUUAUGUUUUAGCUA